AUUUUUAUUGCUCCAUUGUGUCAGCGGUGUAUAUUUUUAAUAUUGGCGAAAACGGCUCAAUUUACAGUUUUUUAAUGCACGAAAAUAUUUAAAGUUUAAUAAUAGCGUAACAUACAGUUUGUAUACUGUUUACAUAUUCAUGUACAUGUAAUACUUGAACAAAGAUGCGGUGGACUUUGCACACUGAGGGUGGGCCCAGGAGAGUGAAUCACGCCGCAGCCUGUGUCGGUGACAAAAUAUUUUCCUUCGGUGGAUACUGUUCCACCGAAGAAUAUCGAGAUUGGGAAUCGAUUUCCGUCCAUGUAUUAGACACUUCAAUUUUCAAAUGGGCACUGGUGGAAUAUAAUAAAACUAAUGCUCCUUUUCAAAGAUAUGGACACUCAGUUAUCGCUUAUGGAGAAAAGAUUUACAUGUGGGGUGGUAGGAACGACACUGUGGCUUGUGACACUGUAUAUUGCUUUGAUACAAGAGAGUUAGUAUGGAGUACACCUCCUGUAACUGGGAUGAUACCAAAUGGAAAGGAUGGUCAUGCUGCCUGCCUUAUAAAAAAUAAAAUGUACAUCUUUGGUGGCUUUGACUACCUAACUGACAUGUAUACAAAUAAUAUUCACUGCCUAAAUUUAGAUACAAUGGAAUGGAGCUAUGUUUACGUUAAGGGAACACCACCCAUAUCUCGAGAUUUUCAUACGGCUUUGCCUUAUGGGGACAGAAUGUACAUUUUUGGUGGUAGGGGAGACUUUGAAAGGCCGCACAAUGCACAGAAUGAAGUAUACUGUGAUAAAGUAUUUUAUUUAGAUACAACUAAAGAAACUUGGGUAACUGUUGAGAUCAAAGGCAUAAAACCUGAUGGAAGAAGGAGCCAUUCUGCCUGGAUAUAUAAUGAUUUUAUGUACAUUUUUGGUGGAUACAAUGAAAAAACCAAGACACAUUUCAAUGAUAUAUUCAGAUUUUCAUUGAAAGGAAAUUAUUGGGAGCUCGUCAAAACGAAAGGAACUGCACCAUGUAAGAGGAGACGACAGGUGUGCAUCUUGUAUGACAAUAAAAUAUACUUAUUUGGAGGAACUAGUCCAGUAAAAAAUCCGCCAGACACAAAUCCAAAUGAUCCUCAUGAUGUUGAUGAAAAUAAAAAGCUUUUGGACAACAAUGAUCUUCAUAUCUUGGAUUAUAUGCCGAGUUUGAAGGUGCUGUGUAUCAAUUAUGUAUUGGACAAUAAACUGGAUACUUCCAGUCUGCCUAAAGAUAUAUUGAUGGACAUCAGAAUAAUGACACAGCCAAAUCGUAUCAGCAGGCCCAUCAAUCAAACUGGUUGAAAUCAUUUACAUUUACAUCAUAAGUAGAAAUGUAACAUAAUAUUAAAUUUAGGAGGAUAUUUGAUCUGAGUUGUGCAAUGUUUUAUCGUGAUAUUUUGUGCACUUGUUGACAAACAUGCAAUUUUGAAUGCAUGAAAUACUUAUAACUUUUUUUAAAUCGCAUAAUAAUAUCUAUGUAUAAUUUAUUGGAUUUAUCGUUUUACCAGGGACUAAAAAAUUUGUGAAUAUAUGUUUUAUAUACAAGAAGUGACGGUAAGAAGAGUAGGAUUGUUUAGAAUUGAAGAUACUACAGCAGAAUGUUGAACCGGUAUUUAAUAUAAUAUAUGCUUAUUAUUAUUAGUCAGAUCAUUUAAUUGUUUAUCAUGAAAUAUCCAAGUGUUUGUGAAUUAUCUAUAAUAUUAUGAAAGGGAAGUUAAAUGGAUAUAACGAUUUUAGGCAGUCAUGUUUUGAAUCCUUAGAAAGUAUGUAAUUUCAAGCAUAAUAUAUAGCGUAGAGCCCAUAGAGUGAUGUCUAUUUGAUUUAAUUUAAAUUGUUGAUAUUAUAAUAAACGUGCAAUAUUACAUCUAUACUAAUAUUAUAAAGCUGAAGAGUUUGUUUGUUUCAUGUUUGUUUGUUUCAUGUUUGUU